AUGACAAAUGCAUGUGCAAGUUUUUUCGUCAUCCUGAAAUCUAUCUAGUUUCUUGUUUUGUACUACCACCAACUUUUAGGAAAGAAAGUCAUACCAACCUUAAAUAGGUAUAUUUUCCUUAUGCAGUUAUGGCUCGUCUUCCUUUAAGUGCGAGGCGUGGAAGGAGAAAUGCAAUAUUUUUGAAUCUGACCACUUCCAUUAUGCUUGUAUACUAUUAUGUGUGGUUCAUGUUUUCAUUAGCUUAUAGGAGAAAAUGUUGGCAAAUAGAAAGGAGAAUUAAAAUUAGAGAGUUAGGGGGAGAGAACUUGUAUCGACUAAUUGGUGAGAGCGACGCUAUGUGUAUAAGUCAACUUCAUAUGGAUAGGAGAACAUUUCAUAUAUUAUGUGAGAUGGUGAGAGAUGUUGGUGGUCUAAAGGGUACAAGGAACACAUCAUUAGAGGAGAUAGUGGCAUCAUUCUUGUAUGUGUUAUCACACCAUCUCAAAAAUAGGACAGUAGGAAAAUUCUUCUAUCGAAGCCCUGAGCCAAUUAGUAGAAACUUCAACGCUUGUCUUCUAGCUGUCUUGAAGCUGCACCAUGUGUUACUUAAGAAGCCUGAACAUAUACCCGAGGAUUGCACCGAUGAUAAGUGGAAGUAUUUCAAGAAUUUCCUUGGAGCAUUAGAUGGCACACACAUAGGCGUAACAGUCCCAGCUAAUUUGAAAGGAAGGUAUCGAUCAAGGUUGGGUGAUAUAGAUACAAAUGUGUUAGGUGUAUGUGCACCUGACAUGCAAUUCAUCUACAUAUUACCCGGUUGGGAAGGUUCUACACAUGAUGGUCGGGUUCUUAGGGAUGCCAUCUCACGGCCAAAUGGGUUGCGUGUCCCCGAAGGCCAAUAUUAUCUUGUCGAUGCUCGCUACGCAAACGCGAAAGGAUUUUUAGCUCGAUAUCGAGGUCAAAGGUAUCACUUGGGUGGUUGGACACCACAAAAUCCACCUCAUAACGCAGAAUAA